ACUGAAUGACCAGAAGAACCUUGGACUCAUACAAGACCGGCGCCUCCAGUUACGCGGAAUUAACGCCAUAACUGUCGGUGGGCCCCAAAAAAGGAAGUGGCAGCUUCGUGAAUUUAAGAAAGUAGUAGGGGCUAAGCGGGUAUAAACAAAACAGUCUAGCUUUUGUAUGUUUCGUAUUUAUAUACCGUUCAGGCUUCAGACCUAGAAUCAUAACAAGCAAACACACAAGUCCGACUCCCAACACUGUGCAGUUAGAAGCAGCUGUCGGCAGAACUCCAGAACGUCUGUCUCCACCUCGAAGCCUCCGCCUGCCGGAAAGCUGACAAUAGGCGGCAGGUGCGUGGUGGCGCGGCUCCAGCAUACCCACACAAUGCAUUCCCUCCACCACAUUGCAAAUCUUCUCCGCCUCGCGAGCCUCCUCUUCGCUUUCCACCGUCUCCAUAUCGUCUCGGCCCAGUAUUUACCACUCCAGCACCGCCUCGCCGGUACUCACUCACAGUGGACACCCGCCACCGCCACCUGGUAUGGAGCUCCCGAUGGCGACGGCAGCGACGGUGGGGCAUGCGGGUACGGAUCUCUGGUGGAUGUGAAGCCGUUCAGGGCUCGGGUGGGGGCGGUGAGCCCGGCGCUGUUUAAGGCAGGGGAGGGGUGUGGGGCAUGCUAUAAAGUGAAGUGCCUGGACAAGAGCAUCUGCUCCAGAAGGGCAGUCACCAUUAUUGUGACGGACGAGUGCCCCGGCGGCUACUGCUCCGCCGGCCGCAUCCACUUCGACCUCAGUGGCGCCGCCUUUGGCCGCAUGGCCAUCGCCGGCGAAGGUUUCUCCCUGCGCAACCGCGGAGAGAUUCCAGUCAUUUACCGACGGACACGAUGUAAGUACCCCGGGAAACACAUUGCCUUCCAUGUCAAUGAAGGUUCCACCGAUUAUUGGCUGUCACUCUUAGUGGAGUUCGAAGAUGGUGAUGGUGAUGUUGGAUCCAUGCACAUCAAAGAAGCAAGUUCGACAGAGUGGAUAGAGAUGAGUCACGUGUGGGGGGCAAACUGGUGCAUAACGCAGGGACCACUGCAAGGACCAUUCUCUGUGAAGAUAACGACGCUGUCCAGUCAGAGGACCCUCUCCGCCAGAGAUGUCAUUCCCAGGAACUGGGCUCCCAAGGCCACUUACACCUCUCGCCUCAGCUUCUUCCCCUAACCCUAACCCUAACCCUAACCCACCAACGUCCCUCUGCCCCUCUAUUCUACCCAACUUAAAUUAUUUACCUUUUCCCAUACUAGCUACUACUGCUUUAAGUCAUCAUCCGCGCCCAACCAUCACCAUCGUCGGCGCCCACAUCAAACUAGCCGUUGGGAUUGUCCUGCUCUCUGGGUGAAAAGUAGCCGUUGGAGCCCCUUUUAAUUAAUUAAGCGUCCAAUGGUGGCUCUUCCUUUAUUAGCUUAUAUAUAUAUAUAUUCUCUGUUUACUCUUCUUUCUUUAAGUUACAAAGUGUGUAAGCGGCUUAAGAGAAUUAGGUGCAUGCGUAGGCGUAGCCCUCUCCGAAGGAGAGAGAGCGUUCUUUCUUUCCUUUAGUCUGUCUGUCUGUGGGUUUUAGUGCUUAUUUUCCAUCCUUCAUUUGGGAUACAUACUGUGUGUGGGCCUUGUGCCAGUUCCCACUAUAUAUUGCAAUGUAUUGAUGCUUAUUUAAUGAACCACUCGUCACUUUGCAUGUU